AUGACGUCCCUUAUCGCCAUCGUUGACAUCAAGGGCAAGUCCCUCAUCCAGAGGUCGUAUCGCGACGAUGUGGCGCCGUCGACCGUGGAAAAGUUCCUGCCGCUGCUGCUCGACAUGGAGGAGGAGGCCGGCGGCAGCGCCAUCAGCCCCUGCUUCACCUCCGAGGGCGUCAACUACAUGUUCAUCAGGCACAACAAUCUCUACCUCUUGGCGCUCUCGCGGCGCAACAGCAAUGCCGCCGAGGUGCUCAUCUUCCUCCACAAGCUCGCAUCGGUGCUCGAGGAGUACUUCAAGGAGCUCGAGGAGGAGUCGAUCCGCGACAACUUUGUCAUCAUCUACGAGCUCCUCGACGAGAUGAUGGACUUUGGCUAUCCUCAGACGACCGAGAGCAAGAUCCUGCAGGAAUACAUCACGCAAGAAUCGCACAAGCUCGAGGUGCAGGUCCGCCCACCUAUGGCCGUCACCAACGCUGUGUCGUGGCGAUCCGAAGGCAUCCGGUACCGCAAGAACGAGGUCUUCCUCGAUGUCGUCGAGUCCGUCAACCUGCUGGUCAACGCCAACGGCAACGUCGUCCGGAGUGAGAUCCUGGGCGCCAUCAAGAUGAAGUGCUAUCUCAGCGGAAUGCCCGAGCUGCGGCUGGGCCUCAACGACAAGGUCAUGUUCGAGAACACGGGGCGAGCGGCAAGGGGCAAGGCGAUUGAGAUGGAGGACGUCAAGUUCCACCAAUGUGUCCGCCUCUCGCGCUUCGAAAACGACCGGACCAUCUCGUUCAUCCCGCCCGACGGCGAGUUUGAGCUGAUGAGCUACCGGUUGAGCACCCAAGUCAAGCCGCUGAUCUGGGCCGAGGCCAUCAUCGAGCGGCACGAGGGCAGCAGAAUAGAGUUCAUGGUCAAGGUCAAGGCUCAGUUCAAGCGACGCUCGACUGCCAACAACGUCGAGAUCCACAUUCCCGUGCCCGACGACGCCGAUACGCCAAAGUUCCGCGCGGCGACGGGCUCGGUCAGCUAUGCGCCGGAGAAGUCGGCGAUGGUUUGGAAGAUCAAGCAGCUGGGCGGAGGCAAGGAGUUUCUCAUGCGGGCGCACUUUGGCCUGCCAAGCGUCAAGAACGAGGAGAUGCUCGACCGCCGGACGCCGAUCAGCGUCAAGUUCGAGAUCCCCUACUUUACCGUCUCGGGCAUCCAGGUGCGGUACCUCAAGAUUGUCGAGAAGAGCGGAUACCAGGCACUGCCCUGGGUACGCUACAUCACACAGCACGGCGAGUACGAUCUGCGCACGCAGAGCGAGAAGGCCUCGGCGCGGCUUGCUCCCUUUUCGGCAUGA